AUGACACAAGGUAGUCAAUCGGACCAGUUAGCAACCUGGUACUACGAAUAUGACUUGCUGACAAAUGAAUUAUUCCAUCUCCACGAAUUUACGUCGUUGCUGGAGUUUGAUCCUGCGUACCGCAAUGAGUCGGAUGCUUUUCGGGUGUUCUUGGAGGAUUGCAAACUAAGUUUGAAUGUUGCUGAUGAUGAGCGUGAUGCCAAUAUAGAGGAGAGCAAUGCUGCAAGGAGAAUUAGACGGCGACAGAAGCGGAUGCAAGGAAGUGGCAGUGACGAGGAGAGGAUUUUAGAGAUUCGGCAGCGUGUGGCUGAGAUGUAUUUUCAGCUGGAACGACGACUACAAGGGUCCAGCGUCGAGGCGAACAGACCGGAAGGAGCAGACGAAGAUCAUAGGACUGACAAAAGGAAGAGAAAGCGGCCAGAUUCAGGGGGUAGUGUCAAUAAAAUGAAAAAAGUUGGAAAAAACGGGCGGCUCGUCGUUAAGGGGGAGGACACCCGAGAAGACAUUAGAGGUGACGAAGAGGAUGAAUUGACAAAUACAAAAGAUACUGGGGUAAAAAUGGACAUUUUGAGCUCAGAUGCUGAUGUUACGGGCUGUAAACUGCCGAUGCUGGGGCCUGUGAAUGAAGAGGAGUACGAUAGUUUUUAUUUUACCACAUCAUCGGAAGACGAAGGUUUGGUGGGUGGUGAUGACAGGUCUUCGAAAAGAGGGGCAAAGGUGCUUCCAAGAAUCAAAAUUUUAGUACAACCUCCAAAGCAGACAAUCACUAAUUACUUGCAUGCCAACAAGCCGGACUUUUCUUCCCUUCAUGAGUUUUUGCAGUCAUAUCGCUCAUUGGAUGAAGACCUUUCAAUCGAGGAAUACCAAGAUUACAUUGCUGAACAGCGAAAGACAAUAGCUGCGCUUCAAAGAGGCUUUGAACGCGGGGUGUUACGAUACGAUGCUGCUACUGAUUCUAUCCAAGGCAUUAGCAUUAAGGAUGUUCAAAGUAAUCAAUGGAAUAAGGCGGAACCCAUAUCUGUGUACUACAAAGAGCAGGAAAAACUUGCAUUGCAUGAUCAUUUGGUUAACCAUGGUGUCGCUAUGAGCAAAGUGUUCCAAGAGAAUAAGAGAUUACGAAUCAGCCGUGCGCGAAAGGUUUCGCAGAUGAUUGAACAGCAUUUUAAGCAUAUUGCGGGAGCUGAGGAGCGGAAAUCGAAGGAGGAAGAAAAACGAAGGAAGGCCUUGGCAAGAGUAGCAAUACAGGCGGUGAAAAAGCGUUGGGGUUUAGCUGAAAGGGCAUACCGCGUCCUCAAAAAGGAUGAGGAAGAGCAAUUGAAACGUAUACAAGGCAAGAAACAUUUGAGUAAGAUGCUUGAGCAGAGUACGCAAUUGCUUGGUGCGCAGUUAAAUCAGUUUGACAGUGAUGAUAGUGAUACUGGUACCGAAUAUUCUGACUCUGAAGAGGUUGAUAGUGAUGAGGUGAUGAGUACUUCAUCUUCAGAAGCGGAAGAUGACCACCAAGGCACCAAUGCCGAAGAUGAUUCGAAGUUGACAGUCGAAGAACUGCGGGACAAAUACUCUGGUAUAGAUCAAUUAGAUGACGGUAGUCCUAAUCCAAAAUUACAGCCGUCAUCUGCGGAAAUUGCUAGCGAUUACGAUCAGCAAUCAACUGAACAGUCUGUUAUUGAAGAGGAAAGAACUUUAACUAGUGCGCUAAAUGAGUGCGAAGAUUCUGUUCUAGAUGAGGAUGAUUCUGGUUCUCUUUCGGAAGACACCGGAAGCGACGUCGAUAGUGUUUCAUCCGAUCAAUCGAGUGACACAACUCAAACUAAACAGUCGCAAUUAGCAUCCUUAUUCGAUCAAAUGGAUGAUGACGAAGCAGACGUGGAGGUUCGAUAUUCCUCAGACGAACCUAGUAGUUAUGAGGAGCGCGAUUUAUCAGAUAAAUCGGAUGAUGUUUCGGACGAAAAUCCUAGUCUUGAGCCGAUUGCCGCUUCCCCAGAAACAUUGGACGAAAAAGAUAAACCCCGGCCAAGGACUCCUAAUGAUUCGCUUUCUGUUGUUGAUGUUCCCAUACCUUCUUUAUUGCGCGGUGUGCUUAGAAUUUAUCAGAAACAAGGUCUGAAUUGGUUGGCAUCUUUGUACAAUAAUAAUACCAAUGGCAUUCUCGCAGAUGAAAUGGGUUUAGGAAAAACUAUCCAAACGAUUUCACUGCUUGCAUAUCUUGCAUGUGAAAAAGAAAACUGGGGACCACAUCUUAUUAUUGUUCCAACUUCCGUUCUAUUGAAUUGGGAAAUGGAAUUCAAGAGGUUUGCACCCGGCUUUAAAGUUUUGACAUACUACGGUUCUCCACAACAACGUAAGGAAAAACGUAAAGGCUGGAACAAGCCAGACGCUUUUCAUGUGUGCAUCACAUCAUAUCAGUUAGUUGUUCAUGACCAGCAUUCCUUCAAAAGGAAAAGAUGGCAAUAUAUGAUUUUGGAUGAAGCGCAUAACAUUAAGAACUUCAGGUCUACUCGUUGGCAGGCUCUUCUAAAUUUUAAUACAAGAAGAAGACUACUUUUAACAGGUACACCUUUGCAAAAUAACAUCGCAGAACUAUGGUCACUACUAUAUUUCUUAAUGCCACAGACUGCCAUGGAAAAUGGAACCAUUUCUGGUUUUGCUGACUUGGCAGCUUUCCAGCAAUGGUUUGGUAAGCCUGUUGAUCGUAUAAUUGCAACAGAAGGAGAACAUGAUGAUGAGACGAAGCAAACGGUUUCUAAACUUCACCAAGUUUUACGUCCGUAUUUAUUGAGACGUUUGAAAGCAGAUGUGGAAAAGCAGAUGCCCGCAAAGUAUGAACAUAUUGUCUAUUGUCGCUUGUCAAAGAGGCAACGUUUUUUAUAUGAUGAUUUCAUGUCCCGUGCACAAACGAAGGCAACACUAGCAAGUGGAAAUUUUAUGUCAAUCAUCAAUUGUUUAAUGCAACUGAGGAAAGUGUGUAACCAUCCUGAUCUUUUCGAAGUGAGACCAAUUCUUACUUCUUUCUGCAUUGAUAGGGGUGUUACUUCCAGCUAUAACAGCCUGAACCAAAAUAUAUUGAAAAGACUUCAUGAAAAUGAUAUUGAACAAUGUGUCAAUUUGCAAGCUCUAAAUUUUCUAUUUACUUAUAAUGACUUUAUGAUGACAACAAAUACGGCAACUAGUACUGCUCACCUGCAAUGUGUUACUCAGUUUGCUGAUGCGAUAAGAAUGGUAAGAGAGGAAACUGCAGCGACUACAGAGGAAGAACAAAAGUUAAAUUACCAAAACAUUAAUGAAUUUUAUAAAGGGUUUACUCUCAAGAACAGUGCUAGAAUUAUUAAUCAUUAUGGUUACAUGAAAUAUUUAAACACCCUACGUUGUGAGAAAAAACCAAUAUACGGUAGCAACCUGAUAAAGCUUUUAACUUUGAAUGGACGUUACGCAAAUACGAAUUCCGACGUCAUGUCAGAUUUGAUGAAACCGUUAGAGACUCGAUUAUUAACUAAAAAGGAUAUGAUUCAACAAUAUGCGAUAGUAACGCCUAAUGUUGUAGUUCUGGACAAUAGAGAAUUAAUCUUAGGCUUAAACCAAGAAAGCGUUAUUCAUUCAUCUACCAAAGCUGAAAUACAUCAUAAGCUUUACAAUAUGGACAAUCCAUUUCACCAAUUGCAGACGAAGCUUUCCAUAGCCUUUCCUGAUAAAUCGCUAUUGCAGUAUGACUGUGGGAAGUUGCAGAACUUGGCUAUAUUGUUGCAAAAUUUAAAGGAAAAUGGGCAUAGAGCUUUGAUUUUUACUCAGAUGACUAAGGUAUUGGAUAUUUUAGAGCAAUUUCUAAAUUAUCAUGGAUACCUAUACUUGAGGCUGGAUGGCGCAACCAAGGUUGAGGAUAGACAGAUUUUAACCGAGCGCUUUAAUAGUGAUUCGCGGAUUACAGCGUUUAUCUUGUCUAGUAGAUCCGGAGGGUUAGGAAUUAACUUGACUGGUGCCGAUACUGUUAUAUUUUAUGACUCUGACUGGAAUCCUGCAAUGGACAAACAGUGCCAGGAUCGUUGUCACAGAAUAGGUCAAACUCGAGAUGUCCACAUCUAUAGAUUUGUCAGUGAACAUACUAUAGAGAGUAAUAUAUUAAAGAAGGCUAACCAAAAACGACAACUAGACAAUAUCGUCAUUCAAAAAGGUGAUUUCACUACGGACUACUUCACCAAGUUAUCUGUCAAGGAUCUGUUAGGUUCUGAAGCUCCAGAAGAAUUCAUAGACGAAAAUCCAUUGUUGCUGGAAGGAUCGGCAGAAGCCAAAGACUCUAGAAAGCUAGAAAAGUUGCUAGCGCAUGCUGAAGAUGAAGACGACGUAAUGGCAGCAAGAUUGGCGAUGAAAGAAGUUGAUCUUGAUGAUGGCGAUUUCAGAGAAGGAAGUAUGGUAGAAGGCUCUGUUGAAGACGAGGAUGAUGUCAGUUCGCAAGAUGAAUAUGAGGGUACAAAACACGUCGAGGAGUAUAUGAUACGGUUCAUUGCAAAUGGAUAUUUAUAUGAUUAG